GGGCUCCAUUGGAAAGGGCAGGGCAGGCCCCAUCAGCAGGCUGAUCAUGGCCCAACUGCAGGUGAAAAAACGACGUCCUCAUCGGGCUGAGCCUGCUCGGCCAGCUAACUCAGAGUACCAGGUGCGUUUCCCCGAAGUGGUUCUUGGUCUUGUUGAGAAGAGGAUGGGCACCAGCCGCAAAAUGUUCCUCACCUCCUUGGCUUGCAGCAGAGGCUUUUGUGUCGAUGAUCCCUGCAGUGAGAAAGUGACCCACGUUGUGUCAGAAGGCAAUUCUGGAGAUGAGGUGGUUGAGUGGCUGAAGAAGAACGGGAGGCCACCCACCCAAGCUGUAGGAGAUGGCCCAGCUCUGCUAGACCUCAGCUGGUUCACUGAAAGCAUGGGCACUGGACGGCCCGUCAAGAUUGAACCCAGGCACCGUCUGAGGGUGACCGCCCCUGCAGAGCCGCUAGAAGAAAAAGGCCAGGUGCCUCCCUACAUCUGCCAGAGACGGACCCCCCUGCUGCACCUCAACUCCACACUCACGGAUGCGCUAGAAACCAUGGCAGAAGAGGCCAAGUUCUGUGGCAGUGAAGUGCGCAGCCUGGCCUUUUCCAGAGCUGCUUCGGUGCUCAAGUCCCUGCCCUGGAGGGUCAACAGAGUUCAGCAGCUCCACACCGUGCCCUGCAUUGGAGAGCACUCACGGAGAAUUAUCCAGGAAGUGCUGGAAGAUGGCACGUCUGCAGAGCUGGACAAAGUCAGACAAUCUGAGAGAUACAGGACGAUGAAGCUUUUCACAAAGAUCUUUGGUGUUGGGGUAAGGAGAGCCAGCCAGUGGUACCAGGAAGGGCUCAGAACCCUUGCUGACUUGCAGCUGCAUCAGAUAAAACUGAACAAAGAACAGCAAGCUGGGCUCCUUCAUUACGAGGACCUCAAUACCCCCGUGGAACUCUGGCAAGCUGAGGCCAUCAGCCAGGUGGUGCGCAACACAGUUGAGCAGAUCUUGCCUGGAGCAACAGUCACGCUGACUGGAGGAUUUAGGAGAGGGAAGCCAUGUGGCCAUGAUGUGGACCUGCUCAUCACACACCCUUCUGAAGGUCAAGAAGUGGGACUCUUGUGCAAAGUCAUCAGUGUCCUGGAUAGCCAGGGCUUCUUGCUGUACCACAGUGUCCACCGAAACAGUUUCCUCUCCCUCGAAGAUCAAGAGCUGCGGGUUAGUGCCAGUGCAGGCACGAUGGACCGUUUUGAACGCUGCCUCUCCAUCUUCCACCUUGGUGACCCUGCUGGGAGCAAUCAAGGUGGUCCUGGUGCUCAGAAGCUUGGCAGCUCAGCGGUGUCCGGAGCAUCCAGUCUCUGGAAAGCUGUGCGGGUGGACUUGGUGGUGACCCCCUACAGCCAGUAUGCAUUUGCUUUGCUUGGCUGGACUGGCUCAAGGAAUUUUGAACGAGACCUCCGGCGUUUCUCUAAGCAUGAGAAGAAGAUGUCCCUCAACAACCAUGGCCUCUAUCACCUGGAGCAGAAAAUUUUCCUGCCUGCUGCCUCUGAGGAAGAGAUUUUCCAGCAUUUAGGAUUGGCAUAUAUACUGCCUGAAGAGAGAAACGCUUGAGCCAUGGUCACGCAAAGCACUUUUUGCCUCCUACGGCAUUCACAACAGGCUCAAAAGAAAUGAGAACACCCAGGUUGCAUUUCAUAUACGCUUCGCUCAUGUAUGUGUAUGAUGUAAUAUAUAAUUUGCUUCUGGGUUAUGUCAAUGGAACUUUAGGAAAUACAUCACUUUGUUCAUACCCUGUGGAUUCCUGUUUUGAUUUUCCCUUAACGUGGUAUGGACGUUGAGUAUCUGAUGCUUUUUUAAAAAAUUGCUAUUUUCCUGACAUUUUAUUUAUUAGUUUAUAUCAUUUAUAUAGCCACCCAUCUCCUACAAGUGACCCCGGACAGUUUUCAAGAUUAAA